AACCACACAAAUACACUGCAAAAUGGCAGGAAAAUGUGUGUUCAUCGUCGGUGCCAAGCGUACAGCAUUCGGAACUUUUGGUGGAAAGCUGAAAGGAUUGAGUGCAACUGAUUUGGGAGUCGUCGCUUCUCAAGCAGCGCUGAAGCACGCUAAUGUUGGAGCAGAUGCCGUCGAUCAUGUCAUCUUUGGAAACGUGGUUGCCAGCUCUCGUGAUGGAAUUUACCUGAGUCGUCACAUUGGACUCAAAUCUGGAGUUCCACAAAACGUCGGGGCCCUCACUGUCAACCGUCUCUGUGGUUCGGGAUUCCAAGCAGUCGUGAAUGCAGCUCAAGCUAUCAAGCUCGGCGAGUCCAACAUUGUUCUUGCCGGAGGAACCGAAAACAUGUCAAUGGUGCCAUUCGCUGUUCGAGAUAUUCGUUUCGGAACUGCACUUGGAAAGAAGUACGAAUUCGAAGAUAUGCUCUGGGAUUCUCUCAGCGAUCCGUAUGCCAAGUUAGCCAUGGGACAGACUGCAGAGAAGUUGGGCGCACAAUACAAAGUUACCAGACAAGAAGCCGACGAAUUCGCUCUGAGAUCUCAGACCCUGUGGAAGAAGGCUCAGGAGGCUGGUGUCUACAAGAAUGAAAUCGUUGGAAUCACUAUCAAGGGGCGCAAGGGAGAAGAAAGCUUCGAAAUCGACGAGCAUCCGAGAGCCACCACCGCAGAAAGCCUUGCCAAGCUGAAGCCUGUUUUCCAAAAAGACGGACUAGUGAAUGCAGGAAAUGCGUCUGGAAUUUCUGACGGAGCCGCUGCUCUUGUGGUUGCCGGUGAAGACAGUGUGAAGUCGAAGAAUCUGAAACCGUUGGCUCGAGUUGUUGCCUAUUCUGCUGUCGGUUGUGAUCCAACCAUCAUGGGAAUCGGACCGGCUCCAGCUAUUCGGGAAGUUCUCAAGAAGAGUGGGCUCAAGAUUGGAGAUAUUGAUAUCUUCGAGGUAAAUGAGGCGUUCGCUCCACAAGCUCUCGCCGUUCAACGUGAACUCGGAAUCCCAAUGGAAAAGCUGAAUGUCAAUGGUGGAGCCAUCGCUUUGGGCCAUCCACUCGCCGCAUCUGGAGCCAGAAUUUCCACGCAUAUUGUGCACGAGCUUCACCGCCGCAACGUCAAGUACGGAAUCGGAUCGGCUUGCAUUGGAGGAGGACAAGGAAUCGCAAUUCUCUUCGAAAAAGUUUAAUUUGAAUUUGAAUUUGAACUUGUGAUUUGAUUUGUGUACUAUAAUUUAAGAUAUUAGAUUUGAGAUUUGUCUUCGUGUAAAAUUCCAUCUUCCACAUGUAUUUGUAUUUAUACUUUCUUUUUUUUUCAAUAUUUUUCCUAUUUGCAGAUAGAAAUGAAAGUUUUAUCUAAA